AUGAGGGCCGCGCUGGUGGGGUACAGCAGCUCGGAGGAGGAGGAGGAGGAGGAGGAGGAAGGGGGGCGGCGGGGCGGCAGCGCGCAGGACACCCCCCCGGUGAGCGCCGGCCGCCCCCGCCUGCCCGUCCCCACCGGUCUGCCCGGUGACCCGGGGCCGGAGGAGGCCGGUAGCGACGACAGCUCCCGGCACGGCGGCCGCGUCCGCGGUUUCCCCCACGAGCGGGGCAGCUGGGCCACCCACGUCUACCUGCCCUAUGGAGUCCGGGAGGAAUUCCUGGAGCUGCUGGAGCUCCUGGUCUCCCACGCUCGCACCUACGUCUCCUCGCUGGCUGCCAUGGAGGAGUUCCACCUCAGCCUCUCGCAGUGCGUGGUGCUGCGCUACCACUGGAUAGACCCCUUCGUCCGCUCCCUCAAGGAGCGCCUGGCCGCCUUCCACAGGUUCUUCUGUGUGGCUGACCAAGUGAAGGUUUACACCAACCAGAACAAAACCAGAACCUUUAUUGGCUUGGAGGUCUCCGCUGGGCAUUUCCAGCUGCUGGAGCUGGUCUCGGAGGUGGACAGAGUUCUGGAGGAAUUUGACCUUCCCACGUUCUAUAAGGACCCGUCGUUCCAUAUCAGCUUGGCCUGGUGCGUCGGGGACCUGUCUGGCAGGCUGGAAGGGCAGUGUCUGCGGGAGCUCCAGGACAUUGUGGACGGCUUUGAGGACUCGGCGCUCCUGCUGCGUGUCCAAUGGGAGCAAAUCCGCUGUAAGUCAGGGAACAAGUACUUCUCCUUCCCCUUGAGGUAGGGGCCAGUGGGGCUGUGUAUUUCAGAGCCUCGAAGACCCUGAUGUCCAACCAAGGACCGUUCUCCAGUGCAGCUCUGAGGGCACAGGCUGUCACGCACCUCCCACGCUC